AGGCACAGGGUCUGUCUCGGGGAGUGGACCUUGCACGCUCAUUGGCACCAGCCGUGCUGCUGCUUCUCCAUCAAGGCCGAUAUCUGAGAUGGGUGUGUACCUCGUGGCUCCGAAACUCUGCUCUAAUAAAGAAAUACAUUUCCUCCCCAAUCUUCGAGCUGUUGGGUGUUCCUUUUUGCCUUUGGGAGGUGCUUUAAAUCUGACUGCCAGAGCCGUGGGCUACUAAGAGCAGAAGCUGGCUGCGCGAUGCUGAGCUCAGGUCUCCCUCCUGCUCUCCUGUUGCUCACAGCGCUGGAGCUGAGUUGGUCCCUCAGCGAUGAGGAGAAGAAGAUCAUCUUGGAUGGGCACAAUAAAUACCGCUCCCAGGUCUCUCCUCCUGCCAUGGAUAUGCUGAAGAUGAGCUGGGACACAGAGCUGGAGGCCUUCGCUCAAGCCUACGCAGAGAAGUGCAUCUGGGACCACAACAAGGAGAGGGGACGACGCGGGGAAAACCUCUUUGCUAUGGCCCCGACCCUGGACCUGGAAUUUGCCGUGGAAGACUGGAAUGGGGAGGAGAAAUACUACAACCUGACAACUUCCACGUGUGUCCCCGGGCAGAUGUGUGGCCACUACACCCAGGUUGUCUGGGCAAGCACACAUCAGAUCGGCUGUGGGGCGAAGUUUUGUGAGAAGAUCGACGGAAUCGAAACAGAGGGCAUGUACCUGCUUGUUUGCAACUAUUAUCCCCCGGGCAACAUGAAAGGCCGAAAGCCGUACAAGGAAGGACCUUCAUGUUCACAGUGUCCUGAGGGUAGAGUCUGUGUCAACUCUUUGUGCGAACCCACUGUAGAGGAGACCACUCCAGCCUCUGUGACAACAAAGGCAAGCCCUUCCACCCCAGCCACAGCCACGCCAAAACCCACAGCCAAACCAGAGCCCACAACACCAGUGCCCACCACGGCCAAACCAGAACCCUCAACACCAGUGCCCACCACGGCCAAACCAGAGCCCUCAACACCAGUGCCCACCACGGCCAAACCAGAACCCACAACACCAGUGCCCACCACGGCCAGACCAGAGCCCUCAACACCAGUGCCCACCACGGCCAGACCAGAGCCCUCAACACCAGUGCCCACCACGGCCAGACCAGAGCCCUCAACACCAGUGCCCACCACGGCCAGACCAGAGCCCUCAACACCAGUGCCCACCACGGCCAGACCAGAGCCCUCAACACCAGUGCCCACCACGGCCAAACCAGAGCCCUCAACACCAGUGCCCACCACGGCCAAACCAGAGCCCACAACACCAGUGCCCACCACGGCCAAACCAGAGCCCUCAACACCAGUGCCCACCACGGCCAAACCAGAGCCCUCAACACCAGUGCCCACCACGGCCAAACCAGAGCCCACAACACCAGUGCCCACCACGGCCAAACCAGAGCCCUCAACACCAGUGCCCACCACGGCCAAACCAGAGCCCUCAACACCAGUGCCCACCACGGCCAAGCCAAGACUUCCAGCCACACCCAAACCACCCGCAACAACCACACUCCCAGCCACAACCAAGCCAAAAGCCACAACCACACUCCCAACCACAACCACGGCCGAGCCAAAAUCCAUAACCAUGCUCCCAACUGCAGCCAAGCCACCACCCACGGCCGUGUUCCCAACCACAGCCAAACCCAAACCUGCAACAUUAGCACCCAUUACAACACCAGCCAAGACAAAACCUGUCACCACGCUCCCAACAAGAACUCCAACCAAGCCAAAACCCACAACACCAGUAGCCAGCACCACCAUGGCCAAGCCAAAACACCAUGCCAGCACUCACCACCACUACUGCCAAGCCAAAGCCCACCAUGCCACCCACCACACCAAAACCAAACACAACCGCUACCACUAAGCCAACACCCACCACACCAAAACCCACCACAACCACCACCACGGCCAAGCCAACACCCACCACGCCAAAACCCACCACAAUGGCCAAGCCAACACCC